AUGGCGGGCUCAGCGACAGAUCCGGGGGCGGGAGGCGGCCAUGGAUGGGAUCUCGGGAGGAGGGGAAAGGGCGUGGAGAGGUGGGGAAAUUUUGGCGUUUUGAGGAGGGGUGGUGGUGGGCUGGUGGCAGGGGAAGGGGAGGGCAGCCGCUGGCGGGGAGGGGAGGAGGCGAGAGGACACUCUCCGAGUGAGCGAGCGAGCUGCACUGCUGGUGCUGCGCUGCAAGGACGAUGGAUCGCCCGCUCGGCGCGGUUGGAACGUCGGAUAGGGCGUUUCGAGCUUCCUCAGCCGUCAAAUCUCGGACCUUUUUUAUGGCUGGUUUCCUUCUUUCGCUCUGGAAAGGCGUACGGGUAUGAACUGCAUGAUGGUGAUUGGAUAAUGGGAAAUCAGUUGUAA